GCGUUUCAGCGGCGGGUGAUCGCCUCUGCUCCUCAAUCCGCAAUACUAUCGUGGAAACCUAUGUGAAAUGCUAUUCUAAAAUCUGUGCUAUUCUAUUUUUAAAUUUCCCGCCACAUUCGAAUUUUCACUUCAAAAAGGAGCAGAUUUACAUCGAUAAUUUGGGCGGAAGGUGAAUCUCGUCUAACAUGACCUAGUGCCCCAUGACUGUGGCGCACCCCUCACGAACGCGCUCGCCGACCUGACACGCACACAACGACGAUCAGAAUGCUGCCUCGCUGGGUUUUGUGGUGCUGCGUGGUACUGCUGGCGCGACCGGCGCACCCACAGGGAGCACAACAGUGUCCCGCGCCUAACGCGAUCGCGCCUUGCACCUGCUCGGUCAAGAAGAAUGGCCUUGAUAUCCUCUGCGAGUUCACGGAACAGCAGCACAUCCAGAAGGCGAUGAAUACGCUGCGCUCGAAGCCAAUGAUAAUAUUUUACCUGAAACUUCGUCAUAACAAUUUGGCAAAACUUCCCUCAUACAUAUUCCUGGGAUUGGAUAUACGACAUUUGACUGUUCACAACAGUACCCUGGCUGUUAUUGAAGAUUCAUCGCUUAGCUCUAUUGGAAACAAAUUAACUCAGCUGGACGUGUCUCAGAAUAGAUUGGCGACCAUACCGACCUCGUCGUUCACUCAUUUGAACCACCUAUUGAUUCUCAAUAUGAAUCACAAUAAGGUGACCGCUGUUCAUAACAAAGCGUUUCUCGGCCUGGAUACAUUGGAAAUUUUAACCCUCUACGAAAACAAGAUUUCUGUUGUUGACGGCGAAGCUUUUAAAGGAUUAGAAAAGAAACUAAAGCGUCUGAACUUGGGGGGAAAUGAACUAACGGCGGUGCCGCAAAAAGCUCUCGCGUUACUGGAAAAUUUGAAGAAACUCGAGAUGCAAGAGAAUCGUAUUACAUCUAUUUCGGAGGGUGAUUUCGCUGGUCUGAGGAGUCUAGAUUCUCUAGGAUUAGCCCACAAUCAAUUACGAGAGGUACCAGCCCAAGUGUUCUCACAUCUCAACUUCCUGAACUCUUUGGAACUUGAAGGGAAUCUGAUUCAACGUAUUGAUGAAAAGGCCUUUGUCGGACUCGAAGAAAACCUACAAUACCUACGUCUCGGUGACAACCGCCUCCACGAGAUCCCAUCUGAAGCGCUUCGACCCUUGCACCGUCUCCGCCACUUGGACCUUCGCUCCAACAACAUCACUUACAUCAGUGAAGAUGCAUUCACAGGCUACGGUGACUCGAUCACAUUCCUCAACUUGCAGAAGAAUAUGGUUCAUCAACUGCCAACGAUGGGUUUUGACAAUCUCAAUUCAUUAGAGACGCUGAAUCUGCAAAAUAAUAAGCUGCAACACAUCCCCGAAGAGAUCAUGGAACCGAUACUGGAUACAUUACGAGUCGUUGAUAUUAUGGAUAACCCUCUAAUUUGUGACUGUGAUCUUGCAUGGUACGAGGCCUGGCUGUCCGGUCUCAGAGACAGGGACGACGAAAUGAUGCAAAAGAAACGAACGGUCUGCACUAUGGUUAACGAGCACCGAGAGUACAGCGUCGCUAAAAUGCCCCUCGAGAAAAUGAACUGCAAACGAAAACCAGGUUACGGGCCAUCGAGCGCUUCGAACACUUGUCCCAUCCUUGUAAUCCACUUCAUCGUUCUCGCUACUAGAGGUCUCUAGUAAGUCAAUUUAACCCUAAUCUAACCCUUUCAUUUAGGUCCCGCGAAGUGCCAAUUCGGCCUAGCUGUGGCCGGAUAGACCGAUGCGCGCACUUCGCAAAACGUGAUGAAUGUGUGCAAUAAACAUAUACAUAUCAAUUUUGGGCUGAAUAUUGUAGUAUUUUGGAAUGGCAACUUGUGAUAUGAUGGCAAGUUUUUGCGAGUGAUACAUUUUUAUUGCGUGUGGUAUGCCUUAUGUAGUGAACAACUAAGGAGGUAGGCUAAAUCGGGGUUAUGUGGAGAUUUGUGAUGCCAUGAGCUAAACUGUCGCGUUUUUCGUCACAUUAAUUCCAAAUAUAAAUCUUCUUGUAUUUUUUAUCAUUUACCCCUUUAUAAAUUUAUCGUAAGCUUUUGUGCAUUUACCAUGUUGACUAUUACGAUAUUGUCUUAAAUCUAAGUACCCUAGGGGCUCAAGGAUCUUGACAUACCCUCUUAGUCAUAAAAACUAAACUCAUCUGAUUACAAUACAACUAAAUGCGUCUUCUAUUGACACAGAGUGAACACAAUUUGAAAUACAAAAAAGAACAUUAGUUUUUACAAAUGAGAGGGUAGAAGUUUAAAUUAUAUUUAACUUCAAAUUGCGCUACCUCUAGUUUUUUUCUUUAUGUUUAAGAGCCCCCAUGUUCUUGAUGUAGCUUAGAAUUAAAUUUGUAGGUAAGUGUUAGAUAAUUCUGAGUAAAUUAUAAUUAUUGCUGUUGAUAGUUUAAAAUUCUGUAGCUUAUAAAAGUUAUACCACGCUAGUCUUGCGCCAAAGUUUCGGAAAAUUUACAGCGUGAAUUAAUUGUCUUAUUAUGGUUUAGCUUUAAGACACUCAGUCAUUGAGUUUUUAGGUUCCUGAAUUUAUUAGUUGCAUAGUUAUUUUUGUAUUAUUUCCUAUAAGCAUAAUUAACUAGAUGAUAGAAUAGUAAUAAAUGUGACUGCAAACGUUGAAAGUUCAGUUAUAAGAGCGCGGCCACACGAUGCGGUAACGGUGCGGUGCGGCGCCGGAGCGGUGCCGCAACGUCAUCCUACAUACAAAUUACUAUACCAUGUGACAAGAUGCGUUGUGCCGCCGUGCGGCGUCGCACCGCAAGCUCGCUGGAAUUGUGACCUGCGGAACAAGGCGGGGAGCUGUAACAUAUAUUGCCACACCGCAACGCCCGUGUGUCACCCUAUAGCUCGAAGUAAUUGCAGUUCGGCGCCGCACCGCACCGUUACCGCAUCGUUUGCCCGCGCUCUAAAGACACUGAUGUUUGCGGACGUUUGUCUUAUUAUUAAAUCAAAAUUUGAAUAAAAUUUCACGUGAUAAUCGUAACAUAUCCCCUAGUCUGAUAAAAAUUUAUAUGAAUAUUUCGAUAUACAAGUGUUGAUUCGAGUAGAAAACAUCAUAUAACGUUUCCAGUAUAUUUCACAAAAACUCGAGCGAAUAUUUCCAAAUGAAAAUUAUACAAAAAUGUAUUACGCCUGACAGACGCGAGAUUGAAUACCGAAUUUGUAUUCUUUUGACAGGCGUUUAUACAUAUAGUCAUUAAGAUAUAUUUAUUGAAUUUUAUUAUAUCGCACUUUUAAAUCAUAAGCACCAAGAGCGGAGUCAAAGUAACCUGAUUAGAUUAAUCGAUUCAUGAUUCGAUUUUGCAUGUUUACUCGUAAUUCCAGUUUUUCAAUAUCUAAAUGUCGUGUUUAUCUGUAUAAGGAGAUGUCGACUAUAUACGUCAACUUAAAUCGAUCUCCUAAUCUGACGCAAGUUAAAAUACUAGAUUACUCAAAUAUUAUUUCAGAUACCAUGUAUGUAUGAAUUAGUAAGAGCAAUCUUUGAAAUGAUUGCAAAUGUAACAAGUUCGUAGGCGCACAAUUUGACGUUAUUGUCUGUGCACCGGUGUAUUGUAUUUUGAAAUUACUCUUAUUCGUAAAUUAAAUCAGUCUAUCACACUGUUUUACUCUUUAAAACAGUGUAAUUAGAGCAAUUUAGUUUUAAAGCAAAAUUUUAAAUUGCGCUAACUAAAUUAAGUCAUCAAAUUCCUAAAGGACCUUAAAUUUGCAUAUCAAUUAGAUGUAAGAUUAAUAUAUAUUUUGUCGUCUAUCGUAUAUUCACUGUUAAUCAUUGUUGUGAGCGCUUAAAUAUAUAAAUGUGUGUUAUGUGUGUUCCUUGAGCAAUAAAUUUUAAGAUCCGAAUACAAAACCCAGUAUUCAAAUAUAUAUUUUGUGAAGGGUUUAUAGUCACAUUUAUUAUGUUAUAAAUCUAAU